UACCACAUAAUGGUCCCCAGUAAAUUAGGGAUUUGAAAGAUGAGUGUCCAUUUAACUAAAGUGGAGAGGAUGAAAUACAAACAAGUGAAACAAUAAACAGUCAGUGAUAUACAUUAUGGAACCGAAAUCACGCAACAAUAUAUCUCUAUGAUUAUCACUAAUUAGCUAAGUCAAAUGACAUAGGUUUAGAGAAAUUCUCCAGAAAUAAUUAUCGGUUUAUAUUCAGCUCAUCAUCAGUUGUGUCUGCAACGCAUAUUCGACUGGCUCUUCAGGAAAGUGAACUAAUUAAAUUACUCUGCAUACUCAGAGCAUUUAAAUCUGCAAUGUCCACGUUAGCCCAAUCCACUUCAUUUCCAAUGAACUCCACUUCAAUAUGUUUCAAUGCAUUUGGCAAUUUUGUAAACCGCUCUAUUUUUAUCACAGACUACUACUACUACUACUACAGCUCUGCUUCUUUUUAGAUUUCAAUAGAAAAUCAGCAAAGUAUUGUUUUCAAUGGACUGAUGUGAUCUAAUCUACGUCCACAUAGAUCUGUUAAUUUCUUAUGAAUUUCUGUUUGUAUACAGUUAUCUACAUGUCAAUACAGAAAAGUUAAAACAUUCUUACAGUCGUCAUUAUUAUGUUGGUUAGACGGAAUGAAUAGGGCUUGGUUUAGAAGUUAUAUUUUCUUAUUGAACUAUGAUGAAAUCGUCUAACAGAAGUUUUAUUAAAAUGAAAUUCAAGUGACAAAGUGAAAAUGUUGAAUUCCCACCUAAACUGUUGGUGUCAUUUUGAUUUGAAUCAAUCAAAUAGAAACAAUACACCAUUGACAGUCUAUAGAGAGGUAUUUGCAGGCAACAAACUGCUUGUUCGUAUUUUUGAGUAGCAAGUUAAUCAACCAUGUAUUACAAAGCACGUUUAAUCACAUUCAAGAGCAGUUUCAUCAACACGGGUCAGGAAUAUAAAACAACGGUGGAUAAACCCUAGUUCACGUUCUCAAUAGAUAGAUGAAUAUUGAAUAACGAUCAGUUAUUCCACCACCAUGAUUGGCCAGUAAUGAACGUAAUGAACGAAAGUUGACCUUCAUGGUCACUUUGAAUAAUCGAAUCAGAAUAAAACAACCAAACACUCAUAAAAUCUAUAUAAACCAGACAAUUUUUAGUGAAAUUUCAUUAACUGCUUUGAACAAGAUGAUGAGGUGAGUGUUAGCUGAACACAAGAGUUAAAUGAGUGUAUCGUACAAAUUGAAAUUUGAUUCCAUGUGAUAACGUUCUUUUAUUCACUUGAACCAUUUCAGAUUCAAUUCUCCAUAUGAUCUGUUCAUACGAAUUUCUAUGAUCUUGAACGUAUUUUCCGGGUUCUGUAUCUGCGAUGAAAUUUGUAAACAUCCGAAUUGGGUGAACUUUGAACAAGUGAUUUUUAAGAAUGAAUCAUAUCGAUAUUCUCAUCAUUAUCACUACUCACAAACCAUUAAUCUCAAUCAGCCUCGUCCAAAUGUGAAUGGCAGUUUUAUUGAGUACAAGAAAAUUCAACCUAUUAAACCAGAAUUCCCGUUAAAAUAUUUUGAAAGUGAAGUCAGUAAAUUUGAAAUUUGGCCUAGUGGUGUUUUAUAUAUGUUUAAAAAAGACGAGAAAAUAGGACAAAUCUCGAAUAAUUUAGGAAGAUCUUUGUCACGUCAACUUUUGGAUGAGAGUGAGUUUCUUGAAUUAUUCAGUUGUAGUUUGUUUUGUUUACCGUUGUCAUAUUCAUUUUGCAUAUACGAAAUCUCACCGACCCGACAUUUCUCAAUAAAGUCAGUGAAUCCAACUAAUCAAAUGUGCAGUAAUAAGCGACGUUCUGAGUUAAAUCAGUUUGUACUAUUGAAGCCGACAAUCUAUCAAAUCUUAUUUGAUUCCCUAAAAUACAUUUCUAGUACUUACUUGAUUCCUAAAAGUUUAAUGUCUCUGAGUCGCUGUUUGUCGACCAUCGUAUAUUCAACUGUAUCUCUUUAAUCAUAUUCACCUUCAUACAAUUUUCGAAUUCAAACUCUUUCUGACACAGCGGACUAAUGAACGAACGUGAACAGUCGACUAGUGCAAGAUUCUUUACUCAAACUAGAACACCUAGAACAUCAAGUUUACAUCCGUAUAUCUCAGUCAGUUAUAUGAAUUUACGAAUAACAAAAUCUAUCGUCCAAAUAAUGUCAAGUGACAAUUACUCAGUCGAAAUCGUUUGAGAAAAAUUAACAGAAGUGUAACAUUCUCACUUAGAGAGAUUGAAAUGUUCAUCAUAUCGUUGAAGUGACAAUAAUCCUUGAACCUUCCUCAUAAGCGAUGAUCGAGCAUUUCACCACACCGUUUCAUGUAAAUGUUGGAAUGAAUCUGAUAACUUGUAUGCAGAGGUAGUCCAUGUUAAAACGUACAUUUAAUAAAAGAGAUGGAUUUUCAUUUUACACAAAUUUCAUUAUCUACUUUUAUUUUCAAUAAUUCAGAGGGAUUAAUCGUUGUCAAAUUGUCUCUUAAAGGAGAAGAUAAAGGUAAACAUGAUUCAUGACAAGUGAACUUUGCACAAUUACUUCUUUACUCCUUGUGAUCACACACUGUUUGUGAAAUUCAGUUUUCAGAAAAUUGACAUGAAAAACUUUGUUAUUUUUCUAGAAAAUGAGGGUCUAACCAAAUGUGAAAUCCACUCACCGUUUGAUCACACAUUGAAUGUGAUUUGAAGCUCAGUUGACAUCGACUGGGAAAAAUUAGAUAAGACGUGUAAAAUAUUGAUAUUCAUUGCCUGUUUGAAAACCUGUGCAGAGAUACAUUUUCGUUUAAAUGCUUCCAUGAAACUUGACGACAAAUCAUUGCUUCAAAACAAACGAACCGUGUCAUAUGUUCGUCACAAAGUCAUUCUUGUGCGUAUAAUAUACAUCUACGCUUCCAUUCAUCGCAUAGUCACUCCUAUAUAAUAUCCUUCCACAUUGAGAUAUCGUUGAGAUUACACAUUCAAAUCUAUUCGUCUUGCAUCUACAACAAACUGUUAGGUUUGAAGCUUCACGGGUUCACUUAGACUGCGAACGAGAACAAUACUCAGUGACCAAAGACCAGUAAUCUAACUAUUGACGCGUCCCAGCCCCGCUAUCUAGAAGGAGAAGUCCAGGCUUGGUAUGGAAAAUAUAUUCUGCAUACAACCAGAAAACGAGCGAGCAAGCAAGCAGCAGCAGCGAACACUCAGACACAAUUUUAAACGUAUAUAUAUAUAUAAAUAUAUAAAAUCGAUAUUGUCAUAUUAAAAUGUUUUUUUAAACAUGACUCAUUCAGUUCAUCACUCGACAGGCAUUCGAAUAUUUAGUCGAUAAGUUCAUCAUGUGACUUCCAUCCAAAUAUUUAAUCGAUGAGUCAAUCGAUAUGAUAAAAUUACAAAUAUGAAUUUUGGGAAUAUACCGUCCCAACACAAACAAACACUGUAGCCAGAGUUACUUGAUCGAGUUAAAUAUCCAUAUGUUAGGUGAUCAAUAAGAUUCUCAAGUUGCAUUUGUGAAUAAACGCUCCAUAACUUAUGUCAUGCAUACUUGGAGUCGAUUGUUAAAAGGAAAAUUAUAGAAAAUAUUGCGAAUGUGCGAAUACAUUUGCAGUAUUAGACCUUUAAUGAAUCAGUAGUAAUACAAUAGUAAUGCAGAUUCAGAAACUCAGCAUUUCACACUAGUUUGGAAGGAUGCAUGCUCGUUUCAUUCACAUGAAGUUUAGUUCAAUGUUUUGAGUGCGAAUCCGACUGAAGAAAGCAUUUGACACAACUCAGUAAUUAUACACUAAAUUUGAUCACUUUAAUAUUUUGGAAAUUUCAAAAGAUACAGACUACGGAAUCCGAGGAAUCUUUCAAUGUGAUACAGGUAAGAAAGAACAUGAGAUAUCUGUUCCUGUAGAAUGGAUGAAAAAUGGCACGUUAGUGGAGUAUGAAGUCAUCGGCACAAUUUGUCCAAUACACAAUUCAAGUGAAGCAUGUCUGAAUGCAAUAACAUCGAAUGUGACAUGUAUUUGGUGUGAGAAAUGGAAUACGUGCAUUGACAGUAAUCAUCAGAAUCACCAUUUCUUUAAAGUGAAUGGUUGCCAUUUUAAGAAUACGACUACUGAAAUAUCGAAAGAAAGUAGACAGAACAAAUCACUUUGGUAUCUGUAUAUAAUAAUUCCACUGAUCGUCUUCAUCGCUGCAUGUACCGGAUAUGUUACCUGGAAAUGUUUGCAUAAAAAAAGGAGAAGUAGUGAAUGAUUCUCAACAAAGUCUCAUAACUAAAUUCGAAUAUUCUGACUAAUUCCGCUUUUCUUUUUCGUAUUUUAAUGAACAAUUUUAGAUUUAGUUAUUCAUUUUAAUGGUUUGGACUUUUCCUUACGGAACUAUGUACAUUUUGUGCUUGUUUAUGUUAUAGCCGAUGUAUUCUUGUUAAUUAAAUAUCAAACAUGAUUUAUAAUAUUUA